AUGAGAAAGCGAAAUCCUUUGACAGAGUUGGAAGCAUGCGGUAUAAAUCCAAAUAUUGAAGAUUUUUUACAUGAGAUUACAGUUUAUACUAGAAAGAAAAAACGCCAGCGCCGGAGCUCAUCACCAGUUGAAAAUUUAUCCAAUAAUAACAAAGUUAGUGUCAAGACACAUAUAAACAUGGCCGAUCAGGAAACUCAAACUUUAGAUACAAAUUCACGCGCCUGCAAUCACGAGGAAGAGAUCAAUCGUCGUGUCAAGAAAGAAGUAUAUAUUUUAUUUCGACGAUUACUUGAAUAUAAUGAGAAGACUUUUGGUGCUUUUAUGCAAAAAUUGCGAUAUGAUGUCGAAGAUAAGAGGAUAGAAUUACAGCAGGCCGAAAAAUUCCUAGAAUAUCUGAAAUCCCGCUCUAUUAAUUAG